AUGUGUCGCCUGGAAACUUGCAAAAAACUCAGAAAUGGUAACAUAUUAAUUAAAACUAAAAACUAUAAUCAAGCCGAAAAAUUAGUGAAAUUAGUGUCACUCUCGCCCACUAUACGCAUUGAAAUCUCCGAGCACACUUCACUUAACUCAACUAAAGGUGUCAUCUACUCCAACGAUUUGCGCGGUAUAAAAGAAGAAGAAAUCCUCGAAGAAUUGAGAAACCAAAACGUAACAGAAGUGAAGAAAAUACUUAAAAAGGAAAACAACGACUCACUGAAGGAGACUGGUCUAAUUAUACUCACUUUCUCUUCAAUAUCUCUGCCAACUGAAAUGUCAAUAGGGUGUAAAAAAUGUCAACGCUAUGGACACAUAGAAAAAAUAUGCAAAAAUGCCAAAAUAUGUCCUAACUGUGCUAACGAACUUCAUACCAGCGAAGACAACGAAGAAUGUGUAAACAUAAAGAGCUGCGUCAACUGCAAAGAAAACGACAUCCAAACCUACAACCACAACUCAUACGACAAAAAAUGCCCUAUAUUCGUACGUGAGAAAGAGAUUCAAGCGAUCAUAACAUUGGAAAAGGUUGACAGAAGGAAAGCAAUAUCCACAUACAAAGAGCGAAACCAACAUAGCGGACCAUCUUACUCAGCUGUCACCCGUAACAACUCUGCUCUAUACGCACAAACACAAGAAUCGCCCGCAACGACAACGAAGAGAACUACAUACGGUAACAAUCAAACCUAUCUCAAUUUACCAGUAACCAGCACAUACCCACACAUCUCGAACAACACCUACCAUCCUCUCACCUCACAACGCAAGCUCUUAAGCUACUCUUCCAGUGACUCUUAA